AUGGGCCAGGUGAACUGCUGCCGCGGCUCCAGGGACGACCCUGACCCCGAGCAGCAGUGCGCGCCCGUCCCGCCAUCACCCGAGCCCCUGCUCCAUCAGCGCGUGCGGGUGACCCAGGGCCAUGCAACGAGGAAGAGGGACCUCCUCCUCUUCAGCGACGCCUUGGUCAUCGCCAAGCCCCACUCCCGGGCGCUGAAGGAGCUCUGGGUCAGCGCGCUCCUGGGCAGGCGGGACCCGCAGCAGGAGGAGGGGGCUGCCCUGGCCCUUUGCGCGGCGAGGGACCUCGGCCGCUGCAGAGGCGCCGGGGCCGUCGGGCUCUGGCGGCAGGGGGCUCUCUUCGGCCGGCCCCUGGCAGCUCUCUGCAGCCAGGACGGCACGCUGCCCCAGCCCAUCCAGGACCUGCUGGCUCUCCUGCGCGAGCACGGGCCAUCCACGGAGGGGAUCUUCCGGCUGGCGGCCGGCGAGCGCGCCUCCCGGGAGCUCCGGGAGGCCCUCGACAGCGGAGCGGAGGUCCACCUCGAAAGCCAGCCUGCACACCUGCUGGCCGUCAUCUUGAAGGACUUCCUCCGGAAGAUCCCCUCCAAGCUCCUCCAGGCAGAGCUCUACGAGGAGUGGAUGAGCGCCCUGCACAAGACCAGCAGGCAGGAGAGGCUGGCAGGACUGAAAGAGGUGGCCAGCAAGUUGCCCAAGGGCAACCUCCUGCUCCUCAAGAGCUUGCUGUCCCUGCUGCAAGACAUCAGCAGAAACGCGGCCACCAGCAGGAUGACUGCCGGCAACCUGGCCGUCUGCGUGGGGCCAAACCUGCUGAGCCCAGCCGAGGAGCACACGCUCCCCUGGACGUCCUGCUGCAGGUGA